AGAGUGAAGACAAAUCCAGAGAAGAGAGGUGUGAAACUACAGCUCAAAAAAAAUGAAUGGAACACUGGAUCACCCAGACCAACCUGACCUUGACGCCAUCAAGAUGUUUGUGGGUCAGGUUCCUAGGAGCUGGUCUGAAAAAGAUCUGAGGGAACUCUUUGAACAGUAUGGUGCUGUCUAUGAAAUCAAUGUCCUGAGGGAUAGGAGCCAAAAUCCUCCCCAGAGCAAAGGGUGCUGUUUUGUUACGUUUUACACCCGGAAAGCUGCACUAGAAGCACAGAACGCUCUUCACAAUAUGAAGAUCCUCCCAGGGAUGCAUCACCCUAUACAGAUGAAACCUGCAGACAGUGAAAAAAACAAUGCAGUGGAAGACAGGAAGCUGUUUAUUGGUAUGAUUUCCAAGAAGUGCAAUGAAAACGACAUCCGAGUCAUGUUCUCUUCCUUUGGGCAGAUUGAAGAGUGCAGAAUAUUACGGGGUCCUGACGGUCUGAGCCGAGGUUGUGCAUUUGUGACAUUUACAACACGAGCCAUGGCACAGACAGCCAUCAAGGCGAUGCAUCAAGCACAGACUAUGGAGGGUUGCUCCUCUCCCAUCGUGGUGAAGUUUGCAGACACCCAGAAGGACAAAGAACAGAAGCGCAUGGCCCAGCAGCUGCAGCAGCAGAUGCAGCAGAUCAGUGCCGCAUCGGUGUGGGGGAAUCUCGCUGGGCUGAACACUCUGGGACCCCAGUACUUAGCACUUUAUUUGCAGCUCCUUCAGCAGACUGCCUCUUCUGGGAACCUCAACACCUUGGGCAGCCUCCACCCAAUGGGAGGACUAAAUGCAAUGCAGUUACAGAAUUUGGCUGCGUUGGCGGCAGCUGCUAGCGCGGCUCAGAACACACCGAGUGGUACCAAUGCCCUCACGACAUCUAGCAGUCCUCUCAGUGUCCUCACCAGUUCAGCAGGGUCCUCACCAAGCUCCAGUAGCAGCAACUCUGUUAAUCCAAUGGCUUCCCUCGGAGCCCUGCAGACAUUGGCUGGAGCAACUGCCGGCCUCAAUGUCGGCUCCUUAGCAGGGAUGGCUGCCUUAAAUGGUGGCCUGGGCAGUGGUGGUCUUUCUAAUGGCACUGGAAGCACGAUGGAGGCACUCACACAGGCCUACUCUGGGAUCCAGCAGUACGCUGCCGCUGCACUCCCAACACUCUACAACCAGAACCUGUUGACACAACAGAAUAUCGGUGCUGCAGGAAGUCAGAAGGAAGGUCCAGAGGGAGCCAACCUGUUUAUCUACCACCUGCCCCAGGAGUUUGGAGAUCAGGACCUGCUACAGAUGUUCAUGCCUUUUGGAAAUGUUGUUUCUGCCAAGGUUUUCAUCGACAAGCAGACAAACCUGAGCAAGUGUUUUGGGUUUGUAAGCUAUGACAAUCCUGUUUCAGCGCAGGCUGCCAUCCAAUCAAUGAACGGCUUUCAGAUUGGCAUGAAACGACUGAAAGUGCAGCUCAAACGCUCCAAGAAUGACAGCAAGCCCUACUGAGCAUUCUCCCCUCUGGGACUGGAGUGAGAGGGUCUUCUGAUUCCUGCCGUUUGUUCAUCGUUGUGCCUAAAGCAUGUCGAUGUGGCGUCAAGUACAUCGUCCAAAUCCUUGUCUCUUCAGCUUCUCUGAUGCUUGAACUCUCACCUUUGACCUUGUGUUGACCUUUGAUGCUGAUGUGUAUUUUUUAUUAUGUUUGUUUCUUUCUUUGUUUUUCUUUAAAUUUUUUUGUGCUGCCAAAUUGGUUUUGCUAGAACGACUGCUGAAGGGGAAAUAUUUAAACUUGCAUUUGAAUAUAAAAAAAUCUAUUUUUCUAGAACUUCAUAAGAUAACCACUUGAUUUUGUGAUUCCAAUUCUUUGUAAUUGUCUUCAGAGCAGCCCUACUAGCACAUGCCGUGUGGUGUUUGUAUUUCUGUGAACACACAGCCAGUCCGUUUCUAGGCUUUGUUUUUCUGUGUGCUUAGUUUUAAAGCAAAACUUUGAAGCAAACAAUGAAAUAAAAGACGUCACUAAACCUUUGAGGCUCCUGAGCACAUUUUGCUGAUCUAGUUUCUGGGGCUUGAGGAGACAGCAUGUAUUUUUUUUUUCCUUGAGUUCUUAACUGCAGAAAACACUUGAACUCCUUUUCUGUUUUGAUAGCAGGCAGCCUUCUGGCCUCCCUGUACCUUUUCUUUGUCCUCCCCCGUAGUUCUGCACCUCCAUCUUUGGUGAACCUUUGGAUUCACAUUGAUGCUGUCCUGUUUCAUUAACUCCCCAUGCUUGUUUCUACAAUCUCCUCAGCAAAAUGUGAUGCUUUGGUUUUCCUUUCCAACUCAGAUAAUGCCCAGAAAACCCACGUUUUGCAUGUUUCCUGCUGUUUUCUUCACACCUUCGUAUAUAUCACCUUCACCUCUCUGUUUUCUAUAGUUUGUGCAAAAACUGACUGAUUUAAAGGGUUUCAAAGAAGCUGUUUCAAAUUGUUGUGGGGUUGAUUUUUUUUUCUGGAUUGUUUUUAUUUUUGAUGUGGCAAAUUUCUCCUCGGUUGCCUGUAAGAUUGCUUGCCUGUGCUCUUGGACUGUCUCCCGGUUUGGCCUCCAGGCCUGGGAGGGAGCUUCUGGGAGGCUGGUUGCACACUGGUCAGGUAGAAAUUUGAGUAUAUUGGGAGACCUAAGGAUAUAUGGAAAGGGGAGAAGAGAUGGGAUCUUAGAAGGUGGCUGUGGGUGGGAACACUUACAGCAAUGUUACUCUGAAAAAUCCCCUCGUACAGAGACCUCCUUAGGAAGUUUGUGCCUUUCAUUGACUUCCUGAUCCUCUGAGAAAUAAUGAGCCCCAUUAAGCCUCCAAGGAAAGGUUCGAUUUCUUGACCCUAUUUUGGAAAGAGCCUGUAACCAUUCUGGCAAUCCAAGUACCAGCUCUUUACCUAGGUGACAAGCACAACACCAGUCUCCCUGCUGUUUACAGACCUCGGGCACUGCCCUGGCUCUUCCUGCACUCCACGUCUCUUCUCCCUCGGAGGAAGAGCCAGCAGCUGUCCUGCCUGCCCUUCAUGGGGCUGCUUUCCCCAGUCUCCUGGGAUUCAUUGGACAUCCCACUUCACUAAAAAGUUAAAUUGCAUAGAAGUGAGGUCUGGUCGUUAGGAAGUGGAAGGGUAAAGAGAAGGAUUGAAGAGUGACCAGUUGAUGGAAGAUAGAAUUAUAGAAAGGAGGGAGCUUAAGGAUGGCACCCAGACAUGCCGGAAGCUUCUGGGGGCUAAGGCAGAGGGAGUGUCCUGAUUCUCCAGGACUAGGGUGAGAGAUACCAAAAGGCCUAGAAGAAAGUAUUAGGUGCUGCUAGAAAGGCCUGAAGGAGCAAAUCCUGGCAGUAUUUCAGUUCUGGGGGUCGGCAUCUUGGAUAAUGCUACCUUGUAGGAAGCAUGAAGGGGAGAUGUGGGCAGGCAGAAGGGGGUUUGCAUGGAAAAAGGCCAGAAGCCCCUGCUCCUCAGGCUGUGAGCACCACAGUCUGACUGCAUAGAGAGACUUUGGAGGCAGAAGGCCCGAGUGAGAUCCUGCCCCCUCCCCGCCUGUAUCCAGAGAAUCUGUGUUUUGCCAAUCUGUUUUGCUUUUGAUUCCAAAAGGAGCUCUGGGGAAACCUGUGGAUAAAACUAAAAUGCCAAACGUUGGAUGUUAUUUUCCUUUCCUUUCUUAUCCUCUCUUUGAUUGUUUUAGUUGUUCUGUGGUGGUUUUAAUGGAUUUGAGACCCUGGGAACGGCAGCUGCCUUUCUGAUUUCCAGCUGCUUUUUGUGAAUAAUUUAAAAAGAAAAAAAAAAAGAAACUUUCCAUUUUGGAGACAAACCUGUGUGAGUUUUUUAUUGGUACAAACGUUGUAUUUAAACACUAGGGGUUUUGUACAGUUUUUUGCCUUUUCUACUAGAAAACAAUGUAAAGUGAUUUCACAAUGUGAAGAGAAAAAACUUGCCACUAUGACCAAACGUACAGUCUGUUCUGCAGCAGCAAAGGGGUUCAAUCAACUCGAAGUCGUGAUUCAGUUGUAGACAUGCUUUCCCCUUGACCUUGUUCAAGCUUUUCCUUUCUUUCCCCUGUUUUGAUUUGCAAAAGAAACCGUCUCUUUUGUGUGAAAUUGUGUUGUACUCUGUAGAAAAUUAUGGAUUUUACUUUAAUCGUUAAAAAAAAAACAAAACAAAAAAAAAAAAGCAGCAGCAGCAAGAAGAGCCCUGGUCGCUUUUCUGGCCUGGUCGCAGAGUUUGUGUAGUGGGUUUAAAGAUGAAAAGAUUGUUAUAAGUUUGGAACAAGCGAGUAUGUGUUAAAAAGGAAAUUUCCUUCCUUUGUGUGUUUUUCCUUUUGUCCCAAUGGGGAACCUAAACCUGUUUUAAUUGCACAGACACACGGACAAAAAGUCAUUUUGUAUCUGCCAAGUGUGGUACCUUCCUUUGUUUAUUUGCUAUUAAACUGUUUGAGAAGAA